GUAUAAUAAUCAAGAAGAAAUAGGAGAAUCCUCAAAACCAAUAAGAUAUGAGGAUAAGAAUACUAGAAUACUUGAAAUACCAUGGGAUGGACAAACAGCACAAUACCCUGUAGCAAGAAAUAGUGAUUUAACAGAUGAACAGUAG